AUGUCAAUUGUGUUGACCAAGGCAGCUCUUGCCUUAAAAAAUGCUGAAAGUAAUUUUAAAGUGGUUAAAUUUGAAUCGUAUAAAUCUAAAAAAAAGGAACCUGUAGAAAAUGAAGAAAGUAAGACUGCGAGUGAUAACCAAGUAAUGCAUUCAAAGAAAGAUUUAGACCUUAAGAAAAUUCGCCAUGAAGUAGUAAAAUUUGGAAUGUCUGGUUUUGAUGGCACUAAAAAGGAAGAAGCUAAAAUUGCUUUAGCCGUUAGUUUAGGUGCAAAACCGCCCAAAAGAGAAUAUAUCAACUACAAAGAACUAAUGCAGAAACGAAAAGAAGAGAAACUAAAGCAGAAAGAAGAGAGGCAACUCAUGAUAUCAAAGACUGUCCUAAAGAGCUGUGGUAAGAAAAAAAGGAAGGGUAUUAACAAUGAUGUGGGCCAUUUCUUGAGCAAUUAUGGGAAGGUGCAGAAAAAAGAUAUAAAGGAUAACAAAAAAGCACCAGUUAAGAAGAAAAAGAAAUGA